AUGGACGCCGGCGCAGACAACGCUCCGCUGGUGGCAACCCCGGAUGAGGGAGGGUUGGAUGAUAUUGACGUUGCACUCCACCGCCUCGAGGGCUUCCUCUGUCUGCUCGGUUUCCCUGACUCCACCUCCUCGCAGGCCCGCAUCGCCGCAUCCUGGGCCGCCUUCCUCCUUCUCGGAGUUGCCGUCCCAUGUGCUGCAAUAUUCCUCUCCCAGUGCUCUCCCUCCGUCUGCGAAGAGUUCAAAGUGGAGCAGUUCGAGCUCUGCGUCCUCCUCUCUGAGGUCUCUCUCGCCGCCGUCUCCCUUGUUUGCAUCUCGCAUAACCUUCUCAAGUACGGGAUUCGGAGAUUCUUGUUCGUGGAUCAGCACCACGGCCAUGUCCAGAGAUUUCAGAAGGAGUAUGUCCGAAAAAUCCAGGAAUUCUUUCAUUUGCUACUUUGGUGGAUAUUGCCAUGCUUUCUUGUAAUGACCGCCCGUGAAAUUAUCCGCUUUGUGUAUACCUUCUAUGAGACCACAUGGAGAUCAACAACAGUUUUGGUAGCUUCAAUGAUUUCAUGGGUUUAUUUAACAAUCAUUCUUUUAUCAGCUUGUAUGUCGUUCAAUCUUAUAUGUAAUUUACAAAUUAUUCACUUCGAAGACUAUGGAAAGCUUUUGGAAAGAGAUGUAGAAACUUUUGAGUGUUUGGAGGAACAUGCGCGCCUACAUUUCUAUCUUUCAAAAAUAAGUCAUAGGUUCCGCAUAUUUCUGCUUUCCAUUUUCUCGGUUGUCACAGUCAGUCAAUUUGCCACCCUUUUUCAAAUCACUAGAUAUAGUGGGAAGAUCAAUUUCACUAAUGCUGGAAGCUUAGCUGUUUCAUCUGUUGUUCAAGUUGUUGUUAUAGUUCUCUGUUUAAAUGCAGCAUCCAAAAUUUCCCAUAGGGCUCAACGCAUCGGAUCCUUAGCUAGUAGAUGGCAUGCCUAUGCAACAUGCUGUCCGACUAAAUCGCAAGUGCAGGAUACAAGUGUAUCAGGGAAUAUGGAGGAUGUUUCAGCGUGUUCCUCGUCGAGAGAUUAUUCUGAGAAUGAUUUGGAAUCACUAGAAAAUUCGACAAUGUUUAAUAAUGCUCAUCUGGCUUCUUUUAUGCCCUCAUAUCACAAACGGCAAGCUCUUGUUAUUUAUCUGCAGUCCAACCCCGGAGGCAUUACAAUCUUUGGAUGGACAGUUGACCGAACAAUGAUCAGUACAAUUUUCUUCUUUGAGUUGACCCUUGUGCUUUUUGUGCUUAGCGAAACUUUAGUAUUUCCUUCUUUGAGUGGCUUUGUGCAUUCCUCGCAACAAGCUUGAGUUGUAAUUUCGAGUGGAUGAAGUUCACGACACAUUGAAUUUUUUUCUUGGUGUAUCAGCCGCAAA